GAUUUUUCCACCAUUUUUGCACAAGAUUUGCUACCAGAUAAAAAUGGAGAAGAACACACUGUUCAAUUUUUAAUGAACGUUUUUGAACUUCUCCUGAAUUACACCAGAGAAACAUUUGACAGAACAUCAAAAGUUCUGGAUUUCCAUCAUCCCCACCAGUUCCUCGAAGGAAUGGAAGGUUUCAACCUGGAAUUGUCUGACCAGCCAGAAUCUCUCAAGCAAAUUCUUGUUGACUGCAGAGACACUUUAAAAUAUGGAGUCAAAACAGGACAUCCUCGCUUUUUCAAUCAGCUCUCCAGUGGUCUGGACAUCAUAGGGUUGGCAGGAGAGUGGCUGACUGCUGCUGCCAACACCAACAUGUUCACGUAUGAAAUUGCUCCAGUGUUCAUCAUCAUGGAAGAAAUUCUUUUGAAGAAAAUGUCUACGAUGCUUGGAUGGUCACAUAAUGAAGCAGAUGGCAUUUUUUUACCUGGGGGGGCCAUGUCAAACUUAUACAGCAUCCUCGUUGCUCGCUACAAGCGCUUUCCCAAAGUGAAGACUCAAGGUGUAGCCGCCUUUCCCAGGAUGGUCUUAUUUACUUCAGAACUUAGCCACUAUUCAAUCAUGAAAGCUGCCGGAGUGCUUGGGUUUGGCACAGACAAUGUCAUUCUGGUAAAAUGCAAUGGGAGAGGGAAGAUAAUUUCAGCUGAAUUAGAAGCAAAAAUAAUUGAAGCUAAAGAAAAGGGCGUUGUUCCUUUGUAUGUCAAUGCUACAGCUGGGACCACUGUGUUUGGAGCCUUUGAUCCCCUCAAUGACAUUGCAGACAUCUGUGAAAGGCACAGCCUUUGGAUGCAUGUUGAUGCAGCUUGGGGCGGUGGUUUAUUAAUGUCACAGAAGCAUCGUUAUAAGUUAAAUGGGAUUGAAAGGGCCAACUCUGUAACCUGGAAUCCACACAAGAUGUUGGGUGUUCCCCUGCAGUGCUCUGCAAUUCUGAUCCAUGCAAAGGGUUUGCUCCUGAACUGCAAUAAAAUGUGUGCACAGUACCUGUUUCAGGAUGACAAACCAUAUAACACAUCCUAUGAUACAGGAGAUAAAACAAUUCAGUGUGGUCGUCACGUAGAUGUCUUCAAAUUCUGGUUGAUGUGGAAAGCAAAGGGUACAUCAGGGUUUGAGAAGCAAAUCAAUAAAUGCCUUGAACUUGCAGAGUAUCUCCACAGCAAACUCAAAGGAAGAGAUGAUUUUAGGCUGGUGUUUGAUGAUAAACCCGAGCAUACCAACGUGUGUUUCUGGUACGUUCCACCAAGUCUCCGAGGAAUGCCUGAAAAUGCAGAGCUGGGCGGGCAGCUUCAUCAGGUGGCGCCAAAGAUUAAAGCUCGGAUGAUGGAGGAAGGAUCGUCAAUGGUUGGGUACCAACCACAAGGGGACAAGGUGAAUUUCUUCCGGAUGGUUUUCUCGAAUCCAGCUACAAGCACAUCUGAUGUCGACUUCCUGAUUGAAGAAAUUGCAAGACUUGGGCAGGAUUUAUAA